AUGAUGAUGGAUGAAAUGGAAGAAUUGACGUUAGGGACUUCCACCACGGACCAACAAGACGAAUCAGAACCACAGGCCAUUACUCUUCCGGUGCAACAUACAACUGGCUGGGUAGAUCAUGCCGUCUUAAGUAUUGCCACGGCCUGCAAUCUCUGUGAUGUCUAUGUCCAUGAGCAGGUUCGCUUUGAAUGGGAUACUGCCGAAAAGGACCGUCGUGUUACUCAAGACUCUUUUGAUGAUGGCGAUGAUAUUGAAAAGAAAGUCCAAAUAGAAGUCUACAAAAAGUUCCUCUUCGACGAGUCUUCCAUUAGAAUUGAAGAUGAGGAUGCCGACGACUUUUUGGAGGAAAGGCAUUCCGCUGGGACACCCACGGAACGCAAGGGGGCGUAG